AUGGAAAAAAACAUACUUUGGGUAAUCAUUUAUAAUAUUCUAUUUAUCCUAUUUGUGUCAAGCAAGGAAAAAAAUAGGAAAAUUUCAAGCAAACUUAAAGAUAGACUAACAUUAUUACCACUACAAUCUAAUAUUAAGGAAAAAACCGAAUUCGCAUAUAACAACAAAGAGGAAAAUUUGAAAAGCAUCAACUAUUCAAAUGAAAAGGAAAAUAAUAAAAACAGUUAUAAUGAAAUUAAUGUGGACUCGUUACAAAAACCAUAUUUACGUAAUAAUGCAUCAUUAGUAACUUUAAAAAAUUAUAUAUCUACCAAAACGCCAUUGUAUUAUGCUCAAACGGAAAAAAAUAAUUUAUAUACACGUGGUAGAGUUGAUAAUGAAACGGUAAGGGUAAAUGAUAAUUUGAGUACUGUUUUAAAUUCAUUUGUUCAAAAUAAAAGUACAAAUACAGAUGCAUAUGACACAUUAGAUUACAUUGAUUUCACAGAUGAGAGAGGAAAUAUAUUUUCUACAUUAUAUCCAUAUUAUUCUUUAAUGUAUUAUUUCUAUGAAAUAAAAAAUUUUACAUGGAUUUACCCUAAUAUCUACUUUAAAUAUGAAGAUAUGGUGAAUAAAAGAGUAAACUCAUUAUUUAAAGAAAUUCAAAGAACUGUAAAUAAUUGUAAGUCACAAAAAGAGUACUUGAUAAAAUUAUAUAAUACUUUACUAAAUCCUAGGAAAGAGAAAUUAGUCAUAAACACAUAUGCUUUAAAACAUAAUGAAUUUCAAAGAAAAUUGGAUAGUUACAGGAAAUGUUUUUCAGAUAAAAGUAAACAUAUUAUGAACCAGAUAAUAAAUAUUAAGUCAGAUACAUUUAUUUUAUUAUCAAAUAUAAACUGUAACAAAUAUUGUGAAGCAUCUACAUAUAAAGAGGUAUGUGAGCAGUAUAUAGAAAAAAGUAAGAAAAUACCUUAUGACAGUUAUAGAAAUUAUAUUAUUAAUCUAAAGAACCAUUUAGAUUCUUGUACUGAUAUAUUAUCUAAAAUAGAGAAAGAAUUAGGUCAAAACGUUUUUAUAAGUGCAACAAAAUUUUUAUUAGAUGAUAUGAAGCUUAUUUCUAGCAGAUAUAGUGAACAUUUAGAAAAUUAUAUAUCUGCAUUAAGUUCUAUAAAAGCAUAUGCAAAUGAUAAAAGACAAAUACAUGUGUCUGUUAACAAUAUUAUAAAUUAUUACAAUUUCAUAUCUAACUGUACGGCCAAUUUUAGGUUUAGUAUCGAACACAUCAGGAGAAUGGAAACUACAUUGAAAAACAAAGAAAAAUUGAUUUUUCACGAUUUUAGUUCAUAUUUAACCAAUUUAAAAGGAAAGAAUAGAGGAAUUCUGGAUUAUGAGUCUUUUCCUUCAGACAUUAAUUCGAAAGUUUCAGAUUCUGAGAAAAUCCUAAAAUUUGGAGAAGAUGUAUAUACUAAUAUCACCGAAGUAGCAAAAAAUCUUAGCACUGAAACAAAUACGGAAUUUAUAAAAGUUAAAGCAAAUUAUGAUGAAAUAAGAGUUCAACAAGCAGCAGCUUUAGAAGAAUUAAGACCACUAGUUGCUUCUAUAAAAGAGACAUAUAUUACCAAUACAUCAAAAAAAAAUGAAAUUGACACUAUAAUAAAAAAAAAUGUAACUCCUUCAAACUUCCUUCAGAGAGCUACAGAACUUAUAAAUCUAAUAGCUUUAAUAAAAACAAGUAGGCCAAUAAUGCAAAAUAAUUUUAAACUAAUUGAAGAAAACUAUAAAAAAGUUAUUCAUAUGAAAACUAAAAUUGAAGAAUUAGCAAAACAAAUUCAAAUUCAUGAAAAAGAAAUGGUAAUCAUAAAAGAAAAAGAAACACAUAUCAAUUCUAUCAAAAUGGAAAUAAAAAAUAAAUUGGAAUAUAUAACUGAAAAUAUAGACAAAAUAAAAAAGAUUAUUUCCAAAAAAGAAGAUACAUAUGAAAAUAUUGCACAAAUAGAAGAACUAAUUAAUGAAGCACAACUUAAUGUGGUUCAAUUCACAAAUGAAAAAAAUGAAAUACAGAAAAAAAUUGAUUCCAUCAUUACUAAUUUCUUCAACGGUAACAAAGAAGAAUUUGUUGAUACUUCAUCAAAACUUGUAGAAGAACUUAAAAAUGUAACUUAUGAAGGGGGUAAUGUAGAUGAUAUUGAUAAAUUGCUAGAGAAAACAACAGAAGUACAUAAUGGGAUAUCAAAAAUGAAAUGUGACCAGGCUACCCAAAUAUUGAAUAAUUUGGAUAAAGAAUCAAAUGACAUUUUAACUCUUAAAAAUAAUAUUAUUGGUAAUCGAUUUCAAAGUAUAUACGAUGAAAUAUCAAAUACAUUUGAUCAGAUAAGAGAUAAACAUGGUCAUUUAAAAAAAAGUAUGGAGGGUUACAAAGAAGAUAAAAAAAAAUUAAAACAAUACAAAGUUAAUAUAAUUAAUAGAAAAAAUGAGUUUCUUAAUGAAUUACAUGAAAAUGAUAAAGAUGUAUCUGUAGGACAGAAUACAUAUAAGGAAUUCUUAGAAUAUAAGAACACUAUUCUAAAUAAAGGAAGUAAAAUAUUUAGUGAAAUUAAUAUAUUAAAGGACAUUGUACAAGCAACUAAACAUAAAUUAGUAUCAUAUGAUAUAAUAUUGAAAAAAUUUAAAAAUCCUAAUAUGAAAACAUAUAUAGAUAUUGAUAACUUGUUAAACGACUAUAAUAAUGAAAACAUAGAUUUAAAAUUGAGUGAAUAUGAAAAAGAACAUAAUAGUGAGGAGCAAGAAGUUAAUAAAAUCAUAUACGAAAUUGAAAUUUCAAACAAAUAUAUAGACAUUAUUAAAACUUUAAACAUAGCUAUAAACCAUUUAGAUACUAACGACAAAUUGGUAGAUGGAUUAAUAAAAAAUAAAAAUUAUUUAAAUGAAAAGUUAGAUAUGCAAAUUCAAGCAAUGAAAAAUAUUAACUUAAUACAACAAAAUGAUAAGACAAAAUUUGAAUUAAGUUUGAAUAGAGAAAAGAAUGAUAUAAAGGAUAAAUUGGCUGAUGGUUCUAUAAAUAAUUUAAAAAAUAGUAUACAUGAUAUUUCAACUCUUAGUAAAAAAUUAAAGGAACAUAUUAGGAAAAAUGGUAAUAUAACUUUGGAAACAUUGGAUGAAAAAAUAAUGAACUGGAAUCAUAUUAAUGUUAAAAUAGAUAAUUUAAAUACCAAUUAUCAAGCGAUAAAUAAAAAAAUUGAUGAUCUAAUUAGAGAACAAAAUAGUGAAAUUAUAAUAUUAAGUGAUAAGUUUAUAACAGAGAAAAAUAAAGAAAUAAAUGAGAAAAUUGAGAAAAACAAAAAGUCUCUCAAACAAAUGAAAACAACAUUAUCUGCCUUUGAUUUUAAAACAUAUAUUAAAAAAGAUACAAAUAAUAUAAUUAAAGAAAAAAUAAAUACUUUCAAAAAAAAUACUGAAGCUCUAAUGGGUAGUAUCGAUAAUAAAGUUGCACAAUUAAAUGAUCUUGAAAGAAAAUCCAGUAAAUACAUAGAAAAAUCAAAUGUACUGAAAUCUAAAGAUAUGCAAUUCAAAGAAAAAAUCAGUGACAUGGGUAAAAUAUAUGAAGAAAUGGAAAGUACGUACAAAGAAUUAAAAAUAGAAGAAGUUAAAAGUGAGUUAGGAAAGGUAGACCACACAACAUUAGAAUAUGAAAGAAUUUUAAUUUAUGACAUUAUUCAACAAAUUAGGGACGAAAACGCAGAUGCUAAACAGGUGAUGAAAGUAAUAGAAUCAUCCAAUGAACAAAUUAUUACAAUAGAACAUAAUACCCACGAUGGUGAUCAAAAAUAUGUAAAUGAUAUGGAUUAUAAUGUACAUUACCAGAAAAGUAAAACUAGUAACAGUAAAAUAGAUCAGAUUGUUGUAAGUGCUGAAAAUGAACUGAAUAUAGCUAAUGAAAACAAUAAUGUAAAUCAAAUAAAAGAGAUUAAAAAAAAAGUAAACGAUUACAUGCAAGAUCUUAGAAAAGAAAAAAAUACUAUGCAAGAGGCUCUUAAGGAAAUUAAAAAUGCUAUUAAUUUGAUCUCAUUGAAUAACUCUAAUGCAGUUAUUGAUUCAAUAUCAAAGAACACUGAAGAUGCUAAAGAAUAUAACGAACAGGCAAAAACUGAAUUUGAAAAAGCAAAUACCCUAAUUCAAGAAGUGAAAACACUCAUAGAUAAAGCGAAAAUAUAUAAAAAUGACAUUAAAAUAAGUUUAGACAAUGAACAAAUUGAUACAAAUGUAAACGAAAUAAAAAAUAUCAAAGAGCAAAUUGAGAAUAAGAAAAAAGAUAUAAAUGCAUUUUUAAAUAAGGGAGACGAAUAUAAAGAAAAAAUUAUGUCAGAAAUUAUUAAAGCAAAUACAGCAAAAAAAAAAAUCGAAUUUUUACAAGAAAAGGGACAUCAUGUUGAUACGAAAAAUGUUGAUGAUAAUAUUGGCCAGUGUGUAAAAUAUUUAGAGGAAGUUACAUCUAAUGAAAAAAAUGCAAAACAAAAUUAUAAAUCAUUCCUAAAAUAUGAAGAAGAUAUUACGACUAUUUCAAGGGAGUCUUUAAUUUUAGGAAUAAAAACAAAAUCAGAAAAAAUGAAAAAUGAAGCAACGCAAAUAAUGAAUUAUAUCAAAAUUGAACAUGGUAAGAUUAAAGAAAAAUUGGGAUCAUUCCAAGAAAAAUUAAAAAAAUUGAAUGAAAAACAGAAUAUCACUCAAAUUGAAGAUCCCUUUAAUAAUAAAAAAUCUUCGAAUGCAAAUGUAAUUAUACAGUAUAACUUAGGAAGAGUAGAACAAAAUCUAUCAAAUGUAAAUAUUAUAGAAAAAGAAAUAGGAAGCAUUUUAACUUCAGCUAAUGAUUCAUUAAGUGUAAUAUCAAAAAUAACUGCAACGAUUGGAGAAAAUACUUUAGAGAAUGCUAAAAAGGAAGAAAGUAUUUAUACAGAACAAUUUAACAAGAUGAAAGACACAAAAGAACUUAUGUUAUACAAACAAAGAAAAAUGGAUGAAAUAGACUCUAAUAUUGUAAAUAUAGAAAUAGAAUUGGAAAAACAAAAAAAAAUAUAUGAAAUUGGAAUUUUGGAAAAGAUUAAAGAAAUAGCUGAUAAAGUAAAAUUAUAUAUGGAUACAACAAAAGAAUUGUUAAAUUCAUCAAUGAAAACAUUUAUUUCCUUUUUUAAAGGAAAAGAUUUAAAAGAAUAUAAUUUUGAAGAAAAUUUAGAAGAGUACAAAAGUAGGAUAUAUAAAAUAUAUGAUGAAUUUGAUGCAUCCUAUAAAAUAAUUGAGGAUAAUGUAAAAAACACUUCAGAUAAUUCAAAAAAUUAUAAUGAAGUAAAAAGACUGAGAGAAGAAGCUCAAAAUGAACAAACAAAACUUAGAAAUAAAGAAGAUGAGGCAAAAAAAUAUUUGAAUGAUAUUAAAAAAAAGGAAUCCUUCAGACUAAUACAUCAUAUAAAAGAAGAAGUACAAAAAAUUAAUGAAAUUUGUACACAUGAAUAUUCUGAGGUUAACAAAAUACAUGAAGCCAUUAAACUACUCGCUGAAGAUAUUAAAAAAUUAGACGAUCAAAAUAGUAUAUUAGAUAUAAUAAAACAAGCAGUAGAUAAAAAUAGGAGUCUGCAGGACGAAAUACAUAAUUCAUAUAAAAAUAAAGCAAAAAACAUGUUUUCACACAUAGUUUUGUCAGCGAAUUUUAUAGAUGCUAAAAUUGCAGAAGGAUUAUUAUCAUUGGAACGAUCUGCAGAAGAACGUUCCAUUACAACAUCAGAAUUAAAACUUGAGUCGACAAUAGCUAUAAAAUUAGAAACUGAAAAUGAAGAAGGAAAUAAAAAAGAAUUCGAUGUGUAUAACGACAUACGAGAUGCCCAUAAGAAUCUUCUUCAGAUAAUUAAAUAUUCAGAAGUUAUAGACUCAAAACAAAAAGAAAAUGAAAAAUUAAUUAAAAAUUUAAGUGAUAUGAAUCUUAAUAUUAAGUCCAUGAUUGCAUUAUAUAAUAAAAUAAAUAAUACAAAAAGUAAAAAAAAAUUGGUAUUAAGUAAAAUUGAUGAUAUUUUCAAUAAAUAUAACACUUUAGACAAAAUUAAGUUUAAUAAUGAAGGUUACAAUCAUAUUUUGGAUGAAUCGAAAUAUGAAAAAUUAAAGCAAUUAAGUGAAUCUUAUAAUCAAAAAAAGAUUAGCACUGUAGAUGAAUCAGAAUUGAAUAAAUUAAAAGUCAGUUUUGAUAAUUACAUAGUAUCCUUAGAUAAAUUAGAAAUAAAAGUUCAAAAAAUAAAUGUAAAAGAAAACGUUGGUGAAAUAAUACAAAAAGAAAAAUUAUCUUUAGAUGAAAUUUAUAAAAAUAUAGAAGAAAUAGAAAAAAUUAUUACAAAAAGUAACACUUCCUUUGAUGAACUAUUAAAGCAAGGAAAAGAAAAUACAGUAUUUAUGUACAAAUCAAUAAAGGAGAACCUUAGUAUGAAAAUAGAAAAUGAUUUAUUAACAAUUAAUAAGAAACAGCAUGAAACUGAAAAGUUUUUGUCAUACGUUAAAAAUAAUCAUAGUUUUAUGAUGAAUUAUAUUGCUUCAUUAGAUGCGUAUUUUGAUACAAAAUCCAUAGGUAACGACACUUCAACCAAUGUUGAACAAGCAACUAAAUUUUACACUGAAUUGGUAACAGCAGUUAAAGAAUCAAAAGAAAUAAUUCAUGACAUAAAAAAAGAAUUUGAAUAUAAUGAAGAGACAGAAAUAAAUAUUUUACAAAAUAGCUUAGAAAAAUUAAAAAAUCUUUACAAUAAGCUGACGGAUAAAAAAAUUAUUAUAAAUGAAGUUAACAAAAAAAUAAAUGAUGGUAAAUUACAAGAAAUAAAAACAGUUCAUUAUAAAUAUAAUGAUUUAGCCAAAUUGUUUAAUAACGAGAUUGAGACACAAAAAACAAAAUUAUUAAAGAAUAAAAAUAACAUACAAGAUAUUAGAACUAUCAUAAUAAAUAAAGAAAAGGAAUUAGCUCUUGCAGAUGAAAAAUUCACGUUACAAUCCGCUAAUAAAUUUAAUGAAAUAUAUGAAGAUAUUAAUACUAAUAUAAAAAAAUUGCAAGAAUUAGAAAAAAUUAACGAUAGUGAAGACAAAAAAUUGAAAAUAUAUGUAAAUAAAAUUUCUCAUUUAAUAAACAGUGCAAAAAGCUUGUUAAAUUAUGCGAAUGAAUAUGAAAAGAGUCACACAAUUGAAAAAGAAAGUGUUGAUAUAGAAAAUGUGGACAGGAUGGAUUUAACAAAAACUAAACAAGGAAUACACAAUUUAGAAAAAGAUCUUAACAAAAUAUUAAAGAAUAUUCAGGAAAAUGAGAAAUUAUAUAAUAAUAAUGAAACAAAUAAAUUUACUUCAGAAAUUUUGAAAAACAUAGAUAUUAUGAGAGAAAAUUUUUCAAACAAUUUACCACAAAAGCAGAAACUAAUAGAAAUAGAAAACAACUUUAGCGAUAUUAACGGAAUUUUCAAUGAAAUAAAAAAUGAUUAUAAGGAAGAAAAAUUUAUUGAAAAUAUGUCUAAAAAUAUUCAAAGUGAAAUUGAAAGCACGAAAGGUAAGACAAAUGAGGAAGAAAUAAAAAAUAUAAUAAAAAAGAUUACAAAUUAUAAUGAAGAAACUAAAAAUGAAUUACAUAUAACUGAAGGUGUAUUAGACAGAAUUGAUAAAAAGAAAAUAUUAAUAAAUGAAUUAUUUGAUACAUUUUCCAUAAAUAGUAAUGUUGACAUUUAUAAUUCUGCAAAAAAAUGCAUAACUGAAUCAGAUAAAAUAAUUGAGGAGUUACAAUCCUACAUUAAUAAAAUGACAGAUUUAAUAAAUAAUACUAAUAGGGAAGUAGAAUAUAUAGAAGAUAAAUUGAAGACAUUAAAUAAACCUAUUCCUGAAAUUUUAAGUCCUUAUAGACAAAAUUUAUUAACUAAAAUCCAUGAACAUACACAGCAUGCAAAGGAAAAUUCAAAACAUGAAAAAUCCAAUGAUCAAAGUAACUCAAGAACUAAAGGAGCAAACGAAAAUAUUCGUUUUGCUGGUGGAAUUAUUCUUGGCUUUUCCAUUUGUUCUGGUGUUGCUUUAGCUGCCUUUAUGAAUAAGGAAAAAACAGAAGAGGAAUGCUUCAAUGUAGAUGAUGAAGGAUUUGAAAAUAAUGGCAGUCUUAAUUUACAAGAUAAAGAAGAAGUUAUCGAAGUUUGUUUUAAUGAAGACGAUUAUGCGUAG